AUGAGACGUACAGGUGGAGGACCACCGGAAGGUGGCCCCACUUUAUUAUCAGAUAAUGUUGUGGAUGCAAUUUGUCCAUUCAUAAAUUUAACUGUUCCAGGGGUUAUUGACUCCAAUUCUAUAGAAAUUUCAGAUGACUUGACACAAAGUGAAGUAGAUAUAAAAAAAGGAACUAAUAAUAAUGUUUUGAAUCUUGAAGUAGUGACUGGAAGUAACACAAAAAUUGUUACCAACUUAGAUGAAUCGGAAAACUGUGACGAUUACAUUGAGGUUAUGAAUGUGGAUACUAAUUUUAUAAGCGAAGUACACAAUAAUGUUCCCUCUAAACCAAAAAAACGAAAGGAAAUAUCUACUACUACCAAAGGUCUUAAGAAAUUUUGUAGUGAAACAGAAGUGAGAAUAAAGCGAUGCACCAUAAAUAUGCAACAGGAUGCAGAAUUGCAUGAAUUAAGGCUUAAUAGAGAGAGGGUUCUGUUAAAACGGGAAAAAAAUUUAAUUAACUUUGAGAAGCAACUCCAUAGUUUACAAUUAGAAAAAAUUAAGAUGGAAAUAGAAUUAUUAAAAAAACAACUUGAAAAUUGA